CAACGCCCCAGAAGAUUUACAAUAAUAACAUAAAAGUUUAGAACACUGUGAUGAAGCGGCGUGUUCUUCGUGCACAUGCUAACAAGCGCCAACUACGAUUAAUUUUUACAACGAAUCACCUCUCUAAUCCAAACAUAUUUCACGUCCUAUGUGAUGCUUCUUUCUUAAGGACUGUUAUUCAUUCGUACUGGAGUAGUCACAACGGUGGGGAUGAGGAUGACUUCCAGUCAGGAGGGGUAGGAGGAGUUAUGGCAUUUAUGCAGGAUACGGUUGUAAGUGCAUUCAAUAUCAUUGAUAAUCACCACUUGCCGGCUUCCAAACCUCUAAAGGAAACUUAUAGGAAGUGUCGCCUCAAUGAACGCAAGAAAAAGGCUUGUAACAAUUUUUCAUCAGUCAUAACCGUGAAAUUCUAUUACUUACCAGAGACAGAGAUCGCGCUCCGUCGCAUGAUGGCAAAUAGCAACAGUAGAGACGACACAAAGGCAACGGUCAAUGCACUCUUUGCAAAUGUUGAAGGGGCCUCACCGGCGCCAUCGCAACACAGGAAAUCAGCAAAGCAACACGCCCAUUCAUUUAGGCCCAUACAUAAUAGUAAAACGGAAAGAGAUGGUGACAAGGUCGUUCGUGCUCUCUUUUUGGGAAUGACAAAGUUAACCCAUACCAACAGAAUCAUCGAAAAGGAAGGCGAGAAUCCAAGACAGGUUGCGGCCUCAACUAAAGACGAUCAUAAUACGUCGAAAACUGUUUGUAAUGAAGUCAAAGUAAUUGAGGCUUUUGCCAGGCAAUACUGUUCCCAUGAGCGCGGCUGCAGUUACCCUGGCUGGCAUGCAUCGGUGCUGUUCGAAUUGUCCACGCCAUCGCCAGCAAAAUUUUUCUUUAUUGCAACACAGAGUCAUGAUAUGCGUCGUCGUCUGCCAGCACAGGCAGCACUGCUGCGCUGGGCACAUAAUCCCGAUUGUGUGUGGAUUGAGCUCAAGUCUGCUACGUAUUCGUACCCAGACGAUUCUGUGCACUCGGUCACUCAUGAUGGCGCCGGAGGUCAGGCAGGUCCCUCCAGGUUCAAUGGGGCUGAGCUGAGCCGCCUAUCAGCUGCUGAUAUCGCCUUUAUGAUGCACUUGGGAGUCCUUCAAGGUGGAACAGGAUGUGGACGAAAGGCAAUGCCGUCGAAUUCGGUAUCACACUGCGAUCCCAUCAAUGAAAGUUCUAAGGUGUCCAAAUCAGAGGUAGCGGGGGAAGUAAACUCGCACAUGGGAGAGGCUUCCCUACCUUGUGAUGUCGAACACUCCCCAGCUGUUGGGAAUCGGAAGCGCAAAAGGCAACGUAACCCCAAUCCGCUCUCGAUGAAGAAGAAGCAGAAGCGUGAAUCUUUUCGCAUUAGAUGA